GCCUGCCUCUCCGCAGGAGUGGGAGGAUUACCGCCUCACCUGGAAGCCGGAGGACUUUGACAACAUGAAGAAGGUCCGCCUGCCCUCCAAGCACAUCUGGCUGCCAGAUGUGGUGCUCUACAACAACGCCGACGGGAUGUACGAGGUCUCCUUCUACUCCAACGCGGUCAUCUCCUACGACGGCAGCAUCUUCUGGCUGCCGCCGGCCAUCUACAAGAGCGCGUGCAAGAUCGAGGUGAAGCAUUUCCCCUUCGACCAGCAGAACUGCACCAUGAAGUUCCGCUCCUGGACCUACGACCGCACCGAGAUCGACUUGGUGCUGAAGAGCGAGGUGGCCAGCCUGGAUGACUUCACGCCCAGCGGCGAGUGGGACAUCGUGGCGCUACCGGGACGGCGCAACGAGAACCCCGAUGACUCCACCUAUGUGGACAUCACCUACGACUUCAUCAUCCGGCGCAAGCCGCUCUUCUACACCAUCAACCUCAUCAUCCCCUGCAUCCUCAUCACCUCCCUGGCCAUCCUCGUCUUCUACCUGCCCUCCGACUGCGGCGAGAAGAUGACGCUCUGCAUCUCCGUCCUGCUCGCCCUCACCGUCUUCCUGCUGCUCAUCUCCAAGAUCGUGCCGCCCACCUCGCUGGACGUGCCGCUGGUGGGCAAGUACCUCAUGUUCACCAUGGUGCUGGUGACCUCCUCCAUCGUCACCAGCGUCUGCGUCCUCAACGUGCCCCACCGCUCGCCCACCACGCACACCAUGCCCUGGGGGUGCCCCUAA